AUGAGCUCCGAUUUCCAGCAUUACAGUUUCAGAAUGCCUAACAUCGGGUUCCAGAAUCUGCCUCUCAACAUAUACAUUGUGGUUUUUGGCACUGCAAUUUUUGUCUUCAUACUUAGUUUACUCUUCUGUUGCUACUUAAUCAGGCUAAGACACCAGGCCCACAAAGAAUUUUAUGCAUACAAACAGGUUAUAUUAAAAGAAAAAGUUAAAGAACUGAAUUUGCAUGAGAUCUGCGCAGUUUGUUUAGAAGAUUUCAAACCCAAAGAUGAGUUGGGGAUCUGUCCGUGUAAGCACGCCUUCCACAGGAAGUGCCUCAUUAAGUGGUUGGAGGUUCGCAAAGUGUGCCCCCUCUGCAACAUGCCUGUUCUACAGUUGGCCCAACUGCACAGUAAGCAGGACCAUGGUCCCCCACAGGGACCCCUCCCUGGAGCAGAGAACAUAGUAUAGCUCUUCCAGUGAAUAGACUCUUGCACACACGAUAUCAGAAUGAACCCCAGGCAGAGAUUCUCCAGUCUCUGAAUUGGCCGCUUCCUGCAGUGAUGCACCAGUGAUCCCUAUGUCUCCCAAUAAGCUCCUUGAUGAGCUUGGAGCCCAGAUGUUUGGAUCUCGUCACCACCAGAACCCUCUGCGACCACCAGAUGCCCUGGCGCCAAGGGCCCAGCAGUGCCUGAGCCUGCAGAUGUGGGUGUCAGAGAGCACUGGUUUCAGGAGGGUCACCUGUGAGCUUUGUCACCCUACGUGUAGCCCAAGCACUUAUGUCCAAGUAGAGUUUGGCUUUGCUAAGCAAGAGUGGAUGAUGGUAAGUGUGAUAGAAAGGAGUAUGGGCUGAGCCCUGGAGACUUGCCCCCCAACCCCUGGGCAAAGACAUGUGUAGGCUAUGCAUGAAACUUUGUAGCAGCAGAAUGCUUCCUGUGGUCCCCGAGCCAAGUCAGCCAACAGUUACCUCAUGAUGAACCAGUGGUUGGUGAGGCCAGCGGUACCAGCUCGAGGCUCACUGACAUUCUGUUCCUUGAGGGAGGCUUUCUUGGAAUCCUGUGGUUCUAAUGAAAAAUCAUGAGCAUCUGUGGGCCUCACGCCCAGUGGGCAGGGUGCAUUUUCACCUGGAAACAUGGCAUAUGCAACAUGAAGCAAGGGCAAAAGGAAUUUGUGACUCUAUGUUCUGUAGCACUUCACACUGGAUUUUUGCAUCUGUUCAACCUCCAGGCAUCAAAUAAUAUGAAACAGAUAAAGAAUAGGCCUGGACAGAAAUAUUCAUGUUCUCAUCAGCACUUCCAGCCUGCCAGAACUGAGUAACCAGACAUCUUCAGAAGUGACGGUGGGAGCCAGGAGACCCAGGUGGAUGAGGGAGCUUCUGGACUGGGUCAUCGUUACCCCGAAUGACUCAAAGUGGGUCAUAAUCACACAUCGUUCAUGGGCUGGACCGCCAAUGGAUAUACCAAUGACCGUGUAGUCAGAUUGGACACAAACUCCCCUGAAAAUCAGCACCCUUAAAAGAACCACAUACCCAAGACCGGCUGAGCCAACCUGGCAAAGUGAGGAAUGUUGAUCCCACAACGUUUUCCUUCCUUCUGUUCUCCAAAAACCUUUCUAUUCAGCCCCAGUUCUACCCUUUGCUUCUUGUAUCUCCUCUCUCCAUCUCUUGUUAUUAGAACAAAAUGUCUGUUGUUGAGUUUCAAGUUAGUUCCAAGGCAUUGUACUUAAAACAUCCCAUGGAGGGGACACUCAGUAUUUAAAAAAAUAUUUGAACUUGUAAAUAUUGUCUUCAGCAGCACAGGGUUAAGGACCCAUUGGUUGUGUGUUUAGUUGUACUUGGAUCUGGAACAGUUUAAAGCAUAUUUAUAGAAGAACCUUGAUGGCUUUUUUCUCCUCAGCACUCACAAACUUUUGUAGAAAGUGAUUCAAAAGCAUCUGAUACUUGGGGAUGCCAGAAAUUUUGUAAAUUAAUUCUCAUAAAGAAGCAAAUGAUCUAAUUAGCUAUUUUCCAGAAUCCAUCCUACCUGCUUGGCAUAAUUUCCUGACUGCCCUCUUCAUGUCCACAUAGGCUGCUAUGCCUUUAAGAUGUCUCCCACCUGUGGGUGUGGGGCCUUUUCACUUUGGAAAUGGCAGGUGCAAGAUUGAACUAAAAGGAAGAUUUCAUCUUCAAGUGCUUCAAACUUUGUACCCCAAUCCCCACCAUCCAUUAGAGAUAAAAAAGGGAGGAUUCAGUUGAUUGAAGUGGUUAAGAGGUUAGAGAAGGAAAAUUAUUAUUAGCUUGAAAAAACAUUGAAGGCUGAGUUCGCUUUAGAAACUGCUGCCCUGGAGAGCCGUGAUCGUUUCCUACAUAUGGCCUGUGUUAUCGCAAGCUGUACUGUUUCCUUAACAAGGUAGUGGAAGUGAAGCUUGUUUUCAUAUUAGAGCUUUCACUUGUUCAGCUCCAUGCUUGUUUCCUGAGCCAGUAAUGGAAAGGAUAUGAGUUACAAGCACUCCCACCUCCCCUCUGACGUAGAAUGUCUUUCCUUGUUCUGUAUUUGUGGCAGUCGUUAAAUGUUGGGAAACCAAUAGAUUUGCCUGAGCUUUGAUGAAACAGGUUUACAGUAAAAUAUUUUUAGCGACCAAUGUCAAGAGAGAAGGUUUGGCUUGUCUCUGGAUCUUUACAGAUCAGUUAUAUUGUUUACAGCCAGAUCCUAGAAUUUUCCAGGAACAUGGAACUGCUUUGGAGUAAGUGCCAUUUCUUCCACAUAGGACUACAAUCAAAAUAGAAAUCAAAAAUCUGGGGCCUGGUGAAGCUUUUAGCUUGGGCUUCUCCUUCCCCUCCAAAGUGGUUUCUUCCACCCCAGCUGUCUAUGGAACUGCAUCCUUUGGGGCAUGCUGUCUGACUACCCUGCUUCAUUGGCUGGGGGACCUCACCAAGUGACUUUAUUUUUUAAGGGCAAAACAUUUUAGUCCAAUAUCCUGAAUACUAUUUUCAACUGCAAGCUUGUUCAGAUGUUUACUAUGUAAUACCAACUGAACUCCUGUCCACUGAAGGCCAAAGCAGCAAAACCCAAAUGUCUUAGUAUUUGCAGAUCAGAAAGUAUCUGAACUUGGUGUCACAGAUGUCCAUCUCACAUCUACGCUGUGGAUAUGUAGUUAGUUUCUAAGCAGAAAGUCGAAGCUGGCACCACAAAUCCAUCUUGACCCUUGUUAAUAUGCAGUGUGCACUAAGAUUAAAAGAGAAGUUGAUUGGUAGAAUUGAGUUGGGGAAUUACAGAAAUCUGUGCUUUUCAUUCUACUUAGUCAUCAGCUCCUCUAACAUAAUAUAAAGACACCAUGCCAAAAGCCAGUCACAUCUCUCAGUCUCUUAAGUCUUAUGAAUCCAGUGACCCUGACCCAAUCAAUAACAGAGGUAUAGAUUCCACAGAGUCCAUGCCCUCCGGGAGGGCCUGGAGAGAUCCCCUCGACCAAGCCAACAGGGCCUUGAAAGACCUUCACCAGCUGGAUUCUUUGCUCUUUCCCAGCCUGAUUCUUCACUGAUGUAAACAUCAAAUGGGCUGUGUUUGUGUAUUCCUUGAA